AUAAAUAAAAAAUUUAUUAAAAAUAAAUAUCCAGAUUAGUUAAACUACUAAAAAAAAAUAAAUAAACAAUAGAUAGCCAAAAUGUUGAGCAAAUUAACCAAGAACUUAUAUAUGAACAAGCCUACCUUCGGCUUCUCAUCUAUCCAAAACGUCUUCGCCAGAGAAAUUUUGGAUUCCAGAGGUAAUCCCACUAUUGAAGCUGAAGUCGUCACUUCUAAGGGUGCUUUCAGAGCUGCUGUUCCUUCUGGUGCUUCCACUGGUAUUUAUGAAGCUCUUGAACUCAGAGAUGGUGACAAGAAGAGAUACUUAGGUAAGGGUGUUUAAAAGGCUGUCAACAAUGUCAACAACGUUAUUGCUCCUGCUUUGAAGGGCAAGAACCCCGCUGAAUAAGAAAAGUUGGACAGAUUCAUGGUCGAAAGCUUAGAUGGUAGCAAGAACUAAUAUGGCUGGUGCAAGAGCAACUUAGGUGCUAAUGCUAUUUUGGGUGUCUCCCUUGCCUUAGCCAGAGCUGGUGCUGCUGAAAAGAACAUUCCUCUUUAUCAAUACUUAGGUCAAUUGGCUGGUAAGAAAUAAAACAAAUACAUCUUACCCGUACCCUCCCUCAACGUUAUUAACGGUGGUAAGCACGCUGGUAACAAGCUUGCUAUGCAAGAAUUCAUGAUCUUGCCCACUGGUGCCACCAGCUUCAAGGAAUCUAUGUAAAUUGGUUGUGAAGUCUACCACUCCCUUAAGAGUGUCAUCAAGAAAAAAUACGGUCUUGAUGCUACCAACGUUGGUGAUGAAGGUGGUUUCGCUCCUAACAUUCUCUAAACCAGAGACGGUCUUAACCUCCUCUUAGAAGCCAUCGAAAAGGCUGGCCACAAGGGUAAGGUUGACAUUGGUAUGGAUGUUGCUGCCUCUGAAUUCUGGGUACCUGAAAAGAAGGUUUAUGACUUAGAUUUCAAGACUGCCAACAACGACGGAUCUAACUAACUCACUGGUGAAGCUUUAACCAACCUCUACUAAUAAUUAGUUAAGGAAUACGGUAUUGUCUCUAUUGAAGAUCCUUUCGACCAAGAUGACUGGGCUGCUUAUGCUAACAUGAAUGCCUUAGUUGGUAAGACCACUCAAAUUGUUGGUGAUGAUUUACUCGUUACUAAUCCUACCAGAGUUAAAUAAGCUAUCUAAUCAAAGGCUUGCAACGCCCUUCUUUUGAAGGUCAACUAAAUCGGUUCAGUUACUGAAUCUAUUGAAGCUUCAGUUCUUUCUUAAAAUGCUGGUUUUGGUGUUAUGGUUUCUCACAGAUCAGGUGAAACUGAAGAUACCUUCAUUGCUGACUUAGUCGUUGGUUUGGCUACUGGUCAAAUUAAGACUGGUGCUCCUUGCAGAUCUGAACGUUUGGCUAAAUACAACCAACUCUUAAGAAUCGAAUAAGAAGUUGGCUCAAAGGCUGUUUUUGCUGGUAAGAGCUUCAGAAACCCCUCUAACCUCCUUUGAGAGAUAAUUUGACUAAUUUGUUGAAUAUUUAUUUUAUUGUUUCUCUAGAAAUUUAUACUCUGUAUUACUUUUUUAUAAUUCAGAAUAUCCAU